UUGUGUUCAGUUGGUUAUCCAAUUUGUUUACACCUAAGGUUAUCAUAACAUCACGUAAAAUUUCAAUCAGUUUAGCUAGCGAGACGAAAUAAAUUAAAUUCUACCGAAAGACGAAUUUUUCUUGCAAAGGGUUUGACGCAUUAUCGACAAGACCAACAAGUUUCUUUAGGAUUACAUCAAAAAUAACGUCCGUAAUUUUACACAGGACACUAAUACUGUUUUGACACGAGGUCAAGGAAAGAGACGUUCACUUAAUUACAUUAACAAGGCGUUUCUUGGACUGAGUUCUCAGAAAUCGUAUGUAGAUCUAUGUAAUCUACUCGGUGCCGUUCAAAUUCUGAAAAUCUUAUCGCACAAGUAACCCGAAAAUAAAUAUCGUCCGUAUCCUGAGCCGUGGUUGAUAAUGUCAGGUAUUGACCCCUAAGGCAUAGGAAAUAACUGAGUGUUUAUAUUUUGGCCUGACUGAAGAAGCAUUACAAAUUGAAUGUCCAAUGAGCUUUCUCAGUUACCUUGGCUUCUCAGUCAUCACCUUGAAAUACUGAGUCCUUAGUAAUGAAGCUACUAUUGCUAUUUUGGAUCAUUAGUCUUGUCAACGCAGAAUACGUGCGCUGGCGGGACAAUGAAGAUACUGAAUUCUACAACUCGAGCGGAGAUCCUUUCAGAUUUUGCCGAUUAAGUUUUUCUUCGGCAAAACUCGGAUCGUGUCGAUAGUAGCCUGGCCACUGAUUGCAAGUCCCGCUGACCCGAGCGCUGACUGGCCAGGAUAAAAAGAAAUGUCGUUUGUGUCCAAACGAAAGAAAGGAGCUCACAGGAUAGCUAUGAUUCAAGAACACGCGCAUUCGGACAUCGCAGAUAACUCUGCCGCGGAAACUGCCUCGCCGCCGCCGAACAUCGCUGCUUGUUCUGCCUGGCAACAUACAAGUUCUUCUCCUCUAAUAAUGUCUCGAUCGCGGUCUCGACUCUUCGAUUCAGACAAUCCGGGAGAAACAAGGCUCUAUUUAAACGUGGGAGGACAAAAACACGAAACAUUUGUGAGCACGUUAGCUAGUAUACCUGAUACGCGCCUGGCAUGGAUAGCUGAACGAGCUCUAAAGGAUCCAAGGCCGCUUGGACAAAAGCGCGAAUUUUUCUUUGAUCGGAAUCCCGCGGUUUUUACACACAUUCUAAACUUUUACCGCACAGGAAAGCUCCACUGUCCAAGAGAUGUGUGUGGCCCACUGUUUGAGGAGGAGCUUAACUUCUGGGGUCUGGAUGAAAAACAGAUCGAAACGUGUUGUUGGGCGAAAUACGACGAACAUCGAGACGCCGAAGAGAAAUUACAAGGAUUUUCACGAGACGAUGAUCAGGAUUCAGACUUUGAAGAUGAUAUCGACAGUGGUUCUGGAGAUAUCGAAAUCCCGAGCAGUGGCAGUGAAAUUUGCCACGACGUGCGUCGAAUAACGGCUCCGCGCGUGCGAUACCCUUGGCAAACGCUCAAAAAGAGAAUAUGGAAAACAUUUGAUGACCCUUACUCCUCCAAAUUUGCAAGGGCUGUUGGUUACAUCUCUCUCAUAUUUAACGUGGCGGUUGUAACACAGUUUUGUAUCCUGACUUUAGAUUACUUUAGUAACGAGGACUCCGCACAAAACCAAGUGCUCUUCAUCAUCGAAUCUGUAGCUGUUUCUUGGUUCACGUUAGACAUCGUAAUACGUCUGUUGUGUUGUGCCGAUCGGGUGCGCUUUCUGAAAACGCUUCAAAACUGGGCAGACUUCAUUGCUAUCAUACCGUUCUACUUGGUUAUUCUUACGCCAUACGACCAAGUCAUCAGAAACUUCAGUAUUUUGUACGUGCUUCGAAUGAUCCGCACUUUUAGACCAUUAAAAUUUUCUUACGUUAUGCAAGUCUUUACGCAAACGCUUCGCGCCAGUUCGCGCGAAUUGUACUUCCUGAUCUUCAUCCUGGGCCUUGAAGUAAUAGUUUACGGCAGCCUCGCCUAUUACUCUGAACGGAGCAUGCCCGAAUCUAAAUUCGUCAACAUUCCAGUCUCAUUCUGGUGGGCCUUAGUAACCAUGACAACGGUGGGGUAUGGUGACAUGUAUCCGACAACUCUGCCUGGUAAGUUAGUGGGCUGUGUCUGUGCAAUUAGUGGUGUGCUUAUGAUAGCGCUACCAGUGUCUGUGGUGGCCAGUAACUUCUCAUUGUAUAACUCCUACGCAAAGGUGAAGCUUAAGCUUCCUUCACGCGGGAAGAAAAAUAUGGUCGACAACGCCCUAAAAGCGUUGCAGCUCUCCACACCACAGACCAGCGUAAGCGUUCCGUCGCCCGACGGAGUUAACGGCAAUGGAAGAGGCCGUUAUGCAUCUCUAGCCACCUCGGGUAUUGAAAUGGGAUUGCUAAACUCCAAUAAGAAGAGUCCUGCGGAGGAGGCUGAUCCGUUAACCAAUUACGAGUCAGAUAACCGUAGAUUUGCCAGGCGUUCGGCACAUUUUUCCUUAAACCUGGUUCCAAUAAGAGCGCAUCCAGAACUUCCUGAAGGAGACAGUGAAUCAGAAGAGAACACAAAGAUGGGAGCCGGAAACCAUUUACAACCUGCAAACAAUAAUCUAGGUUAACCCCUAAACAUAAACGUAACACGGACCAACUCGAAAAUGUCAACAAAUAGUCAAGCACUAAAAGAUAACGUAGAAUUAACACGGCAUGAAAUAUCUACAAAUAAAAAUAUCGCCACCCAGAGAUAUGAUGUGUCACAACCCGUGACACAUGAGUUUAGUGAGAAAUGAAAGGGUUAUUAUCAACUAGCCAGUCACGCCCAUUUUGAGGAAACAUUUCUCCAAUGGUGGCGCUUCCUAAGGAAGGACACAGAAAACAAUCCUUUAACCUUGUCGGGCUGCAAACCGUCAUGUCAUUCUUCAGCUGGUCCCGAGAGAGAGCGUAAGUAAUUCGUCCAAGCGCAAACAAAAUCUGCGUACAGCCAUGAAGCAUUUCUUGGAGUAGGUUUGCGCGGACAGAGCUAAAUAUGAAGAAUUUAAUUGACGAUGUUAUGGAAAUUGUUUUCCCAGACUCCUCCUACUCGGUCAUGAUAAGAAAACAACAUGUAUGAUUACAUUUAAUGAAAGACUUUGCAAGAAAAGCAAUUUGCGGUGUUUUCACGAGGGAGCAAUGAUAAAAAUAUAAACAGACACUAACAACAGAUAAUUCACUUUCAGCUAUUAAAGUUUUCAUUUACCACACCAAUAACUGUACGUUGAAGGCGUGUCUGAUAGUACGUCCGCUUUAUUUUUCCUAGGUCAGUUUUGCCGAUGCUAAAACAUUAAAGAUAGCUAUGUCAGUAAACCAAUUGUUGGUCUAAUAGGCCCUUUGCUGCUAAGCCAUCACGUGACCUAUUUUCAUAAAAUUAUGGGUUAUAACUUAUUAACGAAUGC